AGUGGCCCAUUUCACAGAAAACUCCCAACAGAGAAAGAGAGAGAGAGAGAGAGAGAUUCAAUGGCGACAUCGAAGCUGCAAGCACUAUGGAAUCACCCUGCUGGCCCUAAAACCAUUCAUUUUUGGGCGCCGACCUUCAAGUGGGGCAUUAGCAUAGCCAAUCUUGCCGACUCUCUUAAACCCCCGGAGAAAGUUUCAUAUCCCCAGCAGAUUGCUGUUACAGCAACCGGUGUCAUCUGGUCGCGCUACAGCACCGUUAUUACUCCCAAAAACUGGAAUCUUUUCAGUGUUAACAUUGUAAUGGCUGGUACUGGAAUUUACCAGCUUUCCCGAAAAAUCAGGCACGACUACUUCAAUGAGGAGGAGAAGGCUGUUGUGGCGAAAGAAUAAUGACGAAAAGUCACGUUGCUGUUUAUUACGUUGUAGUAGAUUCGAUUUCCCUGAUUGCCUUUUACCAUGGUUUUUUUUUUCCUUUUUUUUCCCUUUAUUUUCUUUUCGUAUUUAUCCUCCAGUCACACUGAUCUUGGAUCAUCAAAUGUAUUCUUGAGAAUGACUGAAAAUAAUUUAUGAAUCUCUUGUCCUAUUUCAAAACAUCAAAUGUAUUCUUGAGAAUGACUGAAAAUAAUUUAUGAA